AUGGGAGCGAAAACUUAUGGACUACUUCGUAGUCUGUUAACCCCUGAAAGGCCAGCGGAUAAAUCGUUCCAGCAAGUAGUGGACAUUUUAAAUGAACAUUUGAGCCCCAAACCUUUACUAAUUGCGGAAAGAUUCAGAUUCCACAAGCGGAACCAAGCUAAAGGAGAAAGUGUUUCCGAAUACAUAGCUGAGUUACGCCGAUUGUCAGAGCAUUGUCAGUUCGGAGCUGGGCUGGCAGAUGCAUUAAGAGACAGACUUGUUUGUGGUAUGCAUAAUGAAAGUACACAAAAAAGACUGCUGACAGAAAAAGAUUUGACGCUCGAUCGUGCAUUGAACAUUGCAAUAUCCAUGGAGACUGCAGCAAAAGAUGCAUUAGAAUUGCAACAAAAAUCAAUAGAAUGUGCAACAAAUAAACUGGCACUGAAAUCGGAAAGAAAACAAAAAUGCUAUCGCUGUGGAAAAAUGUCUCAUGAUGCAAAUGACUGCUGGUUCAAGGAUAAAGAGUGUAGAAGAUGCCAUAAAAAGGGGCACAUCGAGAGAGCAUGCAAAAUGGAUAAACAGAAGGUACAGAAAGACAGAAUGUACAAAGUGAAACGUAAAUCUGCCACUGUACAUCAAGUAACUGAAAAUGAAGCGAACACAAGUUCAGAUACUGAUGAUCUCUCAUGCCUGGAACUGUACAGUAUUAAAGAGACAGAUCGAAGAGUUAUUUGGCUUACGCCAGAAGUAUCAGGUGUUAAACUCAAGAUGGAGUUAGACACUGGAUCUGCCUUAUCGGUCAUCUCAGCAGCUGAUUACAAACGACUGUUUUCAAAAAUACCACUGCAACAGACAUCAGUGAUAUUAAAGACUUAUACUGGUGAAAAAGUGUCUCCAAAAGGAAAAUUACCAGUAACUGUGAAUUACAAAGAAAAUCAGCAACAGCUCAACCUGUAUGUACUGGAAAAUGGAGGGCCUGCAUUGUUCGGACGUGAAUGGCUGAGGAAAAUACCUCUGGACUGGCACGCAAUAAAAAACUUGGAUAUGUCCCAGCAAAUUACAAACAAAGAGACACAAAUUACUUUAACGCAAAUUGUACAAAAUGCAGAAGCUGUGUUUCGGAAAGGGAUAGGAACACUUAAAGGAAUAAAAGGGACUCUGGAGUUAAAAGAAGACACUUCUCCAAAAUUCUUUAAAGCCCGCCCAGUCCCAUAUGCAAUUCGUCCCAAGGUGGAGGCAGAGCUGGAUCAUUUGGAAAGAACAGGAAUCCUGACUAAAAUUGAACGGAGUGAAUGGGCAACGCCCAUAGUUCCUGUGAUCAAAAAGGGUAAGACAGGGGAUGUGCGUAUUUGUGGGGACUUUAAAGUGACCGUUAAUCCAGCUCUUCAUGUAGUACAGUAUCCCCUGCCACGCAUUGAAGAUAUUUUCGCAUCCUUGUCCAGGGGAGAACACUUCUCAAAAAUUGACCUGGCCAAAGCAUACCUCCAGAUGGAGAUGGAUGAGCAAUCCAAGAAAUUCUUGACCAUCAACACACAUAAAGGGCUCUAUCAGUACAACCGUCUUGUUUUUGGAAUUGCAUCAGCCCCUGCCUUGUGGCAGAGAGCGAUGGACCAGGUGCUGCAGGGUAUUCCAGGAACGCAGUGUUACCUGGACGAUAUCAUUGUAACAGGGAAGGACGAUGCAGAUCACCUCCAAAACUUACAACGUGUGCUGACUCGACUGUGUGAGUAUGGACUAAGAGCUAACAAAGAGAAAUGUGAGUUCUUCAAGUCUCGGAUUUCUUAUUGUGGUCAUGUGAUAGACAAAGAUGGUCUACACAAGUCACAGGACAAAAUCGAAGCUGUGUUAAAUGCACCACACCCACAGAAUGUGUCUCAACUCCGAUCAUAUCUCGGACUUGUGAACUAUUAUCACAAAUUUCUUCCAAACCUCUCGACCGUGCUACACCCAUUGAAUACACUGUUGCAAACAAGAACACAGUGGAAAUGGUCAGACAGUUGCGAACAAGCUUUUCAGAAGACCAAGAUGCUCAUAACUUCUGAUAUAGUGCUGACUCAUUUCGAUCCAUCCAUACCCAUCAGGCUGGCAUGUGACGCAUCGCCGUAUGGAAUUGGCGCUGUGCUGUCACACAAGUUUCCAGAAGGCACAGAAAAACCGAUAGCCUUUGCAUCGAGAUCACUAACGGCAGCAGAACGUAACUACGCACAAAUAGACAGAGAAGCACUUAGCCUUGUGUGGGGUGUAAAAAAGUUCCACCAUUACCUGUAUGGUCAAAGAUUCACCCUGAUCACGGACCAUCAGCCCUUGGUCUCGAUCUUUAAUGUGCGGAGGGGUGUCUCAGCGAUGGCCUCAGCUAGGCUGCAGCGUUGGUCACUCUUCUUGGGUGCUCACCAAUAUGAUAUUGAGUACAAAGGCACCAAACUACAUGGUAACGCGGAUGGCUUGUCACGUCUGCCUCUGAAGUCAACAGACGAGUCACAUAGUGUGGAUCCAGCUGACGUGUUUCACACCACAAUUGUGAGUCAGUUACCUGUAACAAAUGCCACUAUUCAGAAAGAAACCCGUAAUGACCCCACAUUGUCCAAAGUCUAUGACAUCACAGUUCUCGGGUGGCCAGCACACGGCAACUCACUGUAUCCAGCAUUCUCAGCGAGAAGAGAACAGCUUUCUGUGUGUCAAGGAACGCUGAUGUGUGGAUUAAGAGUUGUCGUUCCCUCCAAAUUGCGUAGUAAGAUGUUGGACACGUUACAUGAAGGGCAUUUGGGCACAGUAAAAAUGAAGAAUCUUGCACGUAGUUAUAUGUGGUGGCCGGGAAUCGACAAGCAGAUUGAGGAUCUGGCAAAGGCUUGUCCUGGAUGUCAACGGACCCAGAACUCUCCACCAUUAGCUCCUUUGCAUCCCUGGGAAUGGCCGUCAACACCAUGGCAACGAGUGCACGUUGACUUUGCUGGUCCAUUUAGGGACUCCAUGUUCUUGAUCGCCGUGGACGCACAUUCUAAAUGGCCUGAAGUUGUUCCGAUGAAGACAACCACAUCUGAAAACACUGUUUCGGUAUUGAGAACAAUAUUCUCCAGGAAUGGGUUGCCAGAGCAGAUAUGCACAGAUAAUGGACGACAGUUCGUCUCAGACGAGUUUCGGAAAUUCAUGAAGCUGAAUGGAGUCAAACACAUCACUUCUGCGCCAUACCAUCCUGCCACUAAUGGCUUGGCGGAAAGGUUUGUGCAGACUUUCAAGAAAGCAAUAAAAGCAAUGGACAAUGACAGCAUUUCGCUACAACACAAAAUAGACAACUUUCUUUUCAUGUACAGGAAUGCAGCACACGCCACGACAGGCCAAACACCAGCGAUGAUGUUCCUUAAAAGAAACUUAAGAUCUCGCUUGGAUCUCAUCAGACCAAAUGUUCGACGUGACGUGGAAAAUAAACAAUUUGAGCAGAUAAAGGACAGACCUACAAGAAAUUUCCGAGUUGGACAAGAGGUCUUAGCACGCGACUACAGACUGGAAAAGCACUUUAAAUUCUUGCCCAUUGUAAUAUUACUACCAUUAGGUGUGAUUUUCUGA